AUGUCCAACAAGGAAUUCAAAGUUCAAAUUAGAGAGAGAAGCAAUCCUUCUGAAGACUACAAACGACCCGAGCUACUGCAAAAAGCUAUUGAGGAAAUCGAAGCAGAAGUUGCUGCCAAGAGGGAAGCUGAAGGCAGCGAUUCUGAAGACGACAGCUCUUCCUACGACUCUGACGAAGAAGAGGACGACGAUGCCAACUUAUUAACGCCUGCUGUCGACUCUCAAAUCUUCAAAACCAUUGCUGCCAUCCAAGCCAAAGAUCCCCGUGUAUACGAAAACACCAACGACUUUUUCAAGGAUGUAGAUACCACCAAACCUAGCAAGAAGGACAAUAAAACUAAGGAGCCUGUCGUCAAGCUCAAAGACUACGAACGUGACAUUUUGUUGGAACAUGGCGGUUUUGUGAAUGAAAGAGACGAAUCUGUCAGAACCAGAACUCACCGUCAGGAGCAAGAGGAUUUGCGUAAUGCUUUCAAAAACGCUGCUGAUUCUGAUGAUGAGGAGGAGGACGAAGAUGGCUUCUUGACAAAGAAAGACAAGACAAGUGAGGAGAAGGAAGCAGAGGAGAGCGACUAUCGCAAAUUCUUGCUGGAAAACAUGAAGGACGACGCACCAUCGAAAAAGGCAUUUGAAGAAUGGAGCAACUACAAACAAAACCCCAAUGUCAAUGCCGAAGAGGCCUUUUUGAUGGACUAUGUCUUGAAUCGUGGUUGGGUGGACAGCAAGGGCGAAACGACAACACAGACGAUGGAAGACGCUGACGAGGAGAAAGACGAGGAAUACCUUGAUAAUGUAGAUCGAUUUGAGAGUAAAUACAAUUUCCGUUUCGAGGAAGAAGGCGCUUCUUCUAUCAAGACCUACUCUCGUGAGGUUGAAGGCACUGUUCGUAGAAAGGAAAGCAAGAGAGCCAAGAGAAGAGCUAGAGAGAAGGCACACAAGCAAGCACUCAAGGAGCAAAAGAUGGAAGAAUUGAAGCAGCAAAAGAACCAAAAGAUGAAGGAGAUCCAUGACAAACUCAAGGAGAUUCGUGCUAUCACUGGCAACAAGGCCGUUGGUUUGGAAAAUAUCGAUCUAGAAGGCGAUUUCGAUCCCUCCGUUUUUGAUGCUCAAAUGGGCAAUGUGUUUGACGAUGACUAUUAUCAGGGCGAAGAGGGCGAUGCCAACGAGAAGCCUGUUUGGGAUGAUGAUAUUGAGACGGGUCUGCCUGAUGAUGACAUUAUGGAUGCUGAUUAUCUUCCUGGUGGAGACAAGUAUCAAGGACCGUCUGCUACCAAGCCAGCUAUUGCACCUGAAGAAGCCGAGUCAAAGAAGAAGAAGUUCAAGGACCUUAUGGACGAAUACUAUGCACUCAAUUAUGAGGAUGUCAUUGGCGGCGAUUUGUUUACUCGAUUCAAGUAUGCCAAGACCGCGCCUCAAGACUAUGGUUUAACAGCAGAGGAAAUCCUAUUAGCAGACGAUGCAGAGUUGAACAAAUACAUUGGUUUGAAGUCAUUAGCACCUUACCGUCCUGAAAGAAAGAAGGCAAGAGACGAAAGUGUGUUCCUAAAAAACCAAAAGAAGAAGAAGAAGCAGUUGGCCAAACACGUUGCAGCUGUCGCAAAGCAGCUUGAAAAGGAACAGAAAAAGCUCGCCAAGAAAGAGGCCAAAUUACAUAAAAGCAGCAGCAAAAAGCAUAAAAGAGCAAGAGAGGAGAACUCAGACGCAUCUCAUACAAAGCACAAAAAGGCAAAAAACGAGAGCUCGGAAGAAUCUCGCAAGAAGCAUAAGAAAUCAAAGCAUUAA